AUGGCUAAAGCUAAAGCAGCUCCCACCUCCGGUGGCGGCAAGGCCGCCAAGAAAAAGAAGUGGUCGAAGGGAAAGGUCAAGGACAAGGCCCAGCACGCCGUCGUUCUUGACAAGCCUACCUUCGAUCGUAUUUUCAAGGAGGCUCCCACCUGGCGCCUCAUUAGCCAGUCCAUUCUCAUCGAGCGUCUCAAAAUCAACGGCUCUUUGGCCCGUGUGGCCAUCCGCCACCUCGAGAGGGAGAACCUUAUCAAGCGUAUCGUGCACCACUCUGGCCAGCUGGUCUAUACUCGGGUGACGGCUGCCACCGACUAG